CUUGAUUUCUUGCUUAUUUCAUGUACAACUUAUCUCGAUAGAGGUAAAGUUUGGAUGCCAUAAAAAAUAUAAUUUAAUUUCUACCGAACUUAUGCAAGUCAAACUUUGUUUCAGAACUCACUAAAUGUGUCGCAAACAAAAUGUCUUUAAACUUAUGCCAAACGAAUUAGAUAUUAUACAAGAAAAAGAAAUCUUAUGAAUAGAAAUUAAUUCCUUUUUCCUACAAAGAAAAAAUAGAACUAAAUUAAAUCUUAUGAAUUUUUAAAUAAAAAUAAAAUUAAUUCCUUUUCCCUAUUUGCCCCUCCUCCCUUAAAAUUUGCCAUCAAAAGUUUCACUCGAUUCAACUUGUCUCAACUUACAAGUAUAAAAAAUCCAGUUCCAGAACAAAAACUAGGGUUUCAAAAUCAGCUGAUUUCGCCGGAGAUAAUUGGGGAUUUUGCCGGAACAAGCUCCGGUACCAUCGAUUUCCUAAUUCCGGUGAGGUAUAUUACUGAUAUGGAGGAGUUGAAGCACAAAUCGUCGAAGAGAGAAGACGAAUCGAAGAAAUCGAAGAGAGAAGACGAGUCGAAGAAGCGUCACCGGGACAAAGAGGAUAGAGAUAGAGAUCGAGAUCGAGAUAAGCGGGAGAGAGAUCAUCAUCAUCGAGAUAAGAAGGAUCGGGAAAGAGAGAAAAGCAGUCGGUACGAAAGAGAGAGAGAGAAAAGUGUUGAUAGAGAUAAGGCGAAGCAUAAGGAUAGGCAUAAGGAGCGUGAGAAGAGCAGCAGCAAAUUUCGAGAUGAAGAUGAAAGACCUAAGGGAGAUAAGGAGGUUGAGAAGAGCAGCAAGUUUCGCGAAGACGAUGAAAGACCUAAGGAGCGUGAGAAGAGCAGCAAAAUUCGUGAUGAAGAUGAAAAAGUUAGAGAUAGAGUGAAAGAGCGCGAAAAGGAUAAGGAAGAUCGCGAAGAAAGAGAGAGGGAGAGGAAGAAAGAACGCGAAAAAGAAAAGGAAGAUCGAGAUGAGAGGGAGAGGAAGAAAGAGCGUGAAAAGGAGAAGGAAGAUCGAGAAGAGAGGGAAAGGGAGAGGGAGAGGAAAAGAGAGCGCGAAAAGGAGAAGGAAGAUCGAGAAGAGAGGGAAAGGGAGAGGGAGAGGAGGAAAGAAAAAGAGAGGAGAGAAAGGGAGAAGGAGAGGAUUCGAGAGAAGGAUAGAUACAAAGGGAGUGAUGAUGAAGUUGAUCGCGAAAGAAAGAGGAGAAAGAGGGAUAGUAAUGAUGAGCAUUAUAAGGAGAGAGGGGAUAGGGAAAGGAGUAGCAAAACGAGUAAUAGGUUAAGGGAAGGUAGCAUUGAUCAAGUAUCAGCAGAAAAGAAUGAGAAGAGCAGAGAGGAAGAUUUAGCGGAGGAGCAAAGAAAAUUAGAUGACGAGAUGGAGAAGCGAAGGAGGAGAGUUCAAGAGUGGCAAGAGUUAAAAAGGAAAAAAGAGGAGUCUGAAAGGGAAAAGCUUGGGGUUGAUGUAGGUGGUGAAGAACCGAAAUUGGGAAAGACUUGGACGUUGGAUGGUGAGUCAGAUGACGAAGAUGCUGAGGGGAAAAAUGGGAUGGAUAUUGAUAUGGAUGAUAAUGGUAAGGUAAUGAAGGACGAAAAUGGAGCUGGUAAAAUGGUUAGUUCUAGCAAUGGAUCUGAUUCACCUGUUAUUCGGAAUGGGGGUGAUGGUGUAGCUGCGGAUGAUGAUGAGAUUGACCCUUUGGAUGCUUUUAUGAACUCUAUGGUUUUGCCUGAAGUUGAGAAGCUUAGCAAAUUUAUGGUUAAUAGCUUGGAUGCUGAAAAUUCCAGUUUGAAAGAGAAGAACGGUCCUGGUAAAGAAGAAAAACCUAAGAUGGGCGUGAAGAUGACCAUGAAGAAAACCACGGGAAGAAUUAUCCCUGGUGAAGAUUCUGAUUCAGAUUAUGGGGACGUUGAGAAUGAUGAAGAUACUUUGGAGGAAGAAGAUGAUGAAGAAUUUAUGAAACGGGUGAAGAAAACCAAGGUUGAGAAACUGUCAUUAGUCGAUCACUCAAAGAUUGACUAUCCUUCUUUCAGAAAGAACUUCUACAUAGAAGUUAAGGAAAUUUCAAGGAUGAGUCCUGAAGAGGUUUCUGCUUACAGGAAAGAGCUUGAACUUAAGAUCCAUGGCAAGGAUGUUCCAAAACCAAUCAGAACAUGGCAUCAGACAGGAUUGUCCUCAAAGAUACUAGACACUAUAAGGAAGCUGAAUUAUGAGAAGCCCAUGUCUAUUCAAGCUCAGGCUUUGCCAGUAAUCAUGAGUGGUCGGGAUUGUAUUGGGAUUGCUAAGACGGGUUCUGGUAAGACACUUGCAUUUGUAUUACCUAUGCUUAGACAUAUUAAGGACCAGCCUCCUCUGGCAUCUGGAGAUGGUCCUAUUGGGCUAAUAAUGGCCCCUACUAGAGAGCUUGUGCAGCAAAUUCAUAGUGAUAUUAAGAAAUUUGCGAGAGUGAUGGGUCUAACUUGUGUACCUGUGUAUGGAGGUUCCGGUGUUGCUCAACAAAUUAGUGAGUUGAAACGUGGAGCUGAAAUUGUUGUGUGCACUCCAGGUAGGAUGAUCGAUAUUCUUUGUACAAGUGGUGGGAAGAUCACGAAUCUGCGAAGAGUCACUUACUUGGUCAUGGAUGAAGCUGAUCGGAUGUUUGAUAUGGGAUUUGAACCGCAGAUAACGAGAAUUGUCCAAAACACACAGCCAGACCGUCAAACAGUCCUGUUUUCUGCAACAUUUCCUCGUCAGGUUGAAAUACUAGCCCGUAAAGUGUUGAACAAACCUGUUGAAAUACAGGUAGGUGGUAGGAGUGUUGUGAACAGGGAUAUAACACAGUUGGUUGAGGUGAGGCCUGAAAGUGAUAGAUUCCUUCGACUUCUUGAAUUGCUUGGUGAAUGGUUCGAAAAAGGUAAAAUUUUGAUAUUUGUUCACACACAGGAUAAAUGUGAUUCUUUGUUUAGAGAAUUGCUCAAGCAUGGUUAUGGCUGCCUCUCCCUUCAUGGGGCAAAGGAUCAGACUGAUCGUGAGUCCACCAUAUCCGACUUUAAAAGUGAUGUAUGCAAUUUGUUGAUCGCUACUAGUAUAGCGGCGAGGGGCUUAGAUGUGAAGGAGCUUGAACUGGUCAUCAAUUAUGAUGUUCCGAACCAUUAUGAGGACUAUGUUCAUCGUGUUGGGCGGACUGGUCGAGCUGGUAGGAAAGGUUGUGCCAUCACAUUCAUAUCCGAAGAUGAUGCAAGAUAUGCACCUGAUCUUGUAAAAGCUUUACAAUUGUCAGAGCAAGUUGUUCCAGAUGACCUGAAAGCUCUUGCUGAUAGUUUCAAUGCGAAGGUGAAUCAGGGACUUGAGCAAGCACAUGGGACUGGUUAUGGUGGUAGUGGUUUUAAAUUUAACGAAGAAGAGGAUGAAGUGAGAAGAGCAGCCAAAAAGGCACAGGCAAAAGAAUAUGGAUUUGAGGAGGAUAAAUCAGAUUCAGAGGAUGAAGAUGAAGGAAUUAGAAAAGCAGGUGGCGACCUCAGUCAGCAGGCCGCUCUUGCUCAGGCUGCUGCUCUUGUUGCUGCUUCAAAAGCGAGUAUGGCUUCAGCAGCAACUCCAGUUUCAGUUGGUCAGCUUCUUCCCAAUGGUGGCUUACCUGUUUCGUUGCCUGGUGUACUUGGUAUUAAUAUACCAGGUGCAGCAGCAGUUGCUGCUGGAAAUGGUCUGCCAGUUGGCUCUAAUGAUGUGGCAGCCAGAGCAACAGCUAUUGCAGCUGCCAUGAACUUGCAGCAUAACUUAGCAAAGAUUCAGGCUGAUGCAAUGCCUGAACAUUAUGAAGCAGAAUUAGAGAUAAAUGAUUUUCCUCAAAAUGCCCGCUGGAAGGUUACACACAAGGAGACUCUGGGUCCUAUUUCUGAUUGGACAGGAGCUGCCAUCACCACUCGAGGACAGUAUGUUCCACCUGGAAAGGUACCAGGGUUUGGGGAAAGGAAGCUGUACUUGUUCAUUGAAGGCCCCACGGAGCAAUCUGUCAAGAGAGCAAAAGCAGAAUUGAAACGUGUGUUGGAGGACAUUACCAUGCAAGCAUCAUCUCUUCCUGGUUCGGCUCAACCGGGCAGAUACUCGGUUCUAUGAGAAUGGAUGUCGUUGCCUUUUAUAAUACUUCAUUUUUGACUUUUUUCUAUUCAUGCAUAUUAUUUCCUAAGUUUUGUUGCUCGAUUAGAGAUGACUUAUCUUGUAAUGAUAUAAACAGGUUUAACUAGAUACAUGAUUAUUCGCACUGAUCAGCCAUGGUUAGUUCUUCUGCUA